AUGUCUGGCUUAUGUUGGCUCUGUGUUUCUGCUCAGCUGAGGUCUGCAGGAGCGGCUGUAAUCCAGGAAUUUUUCCCCCGGGUCUCCUCCAUUGCGACGUUGGAUAUUACCGACAACGGCCUCGAUGCAGACUUGCUCACAGUGCUGCCUGCCAUUUCAAGACACCCUUCCCUAAAACACCUUCAUCUGGGCAAGAACUUCAACAUCAAAAACAGGGUUCUGGAUGAAGUCUUGCAGAAGCUGGUUUCACUCAUCCAGGAGGAGGAAUGUGCCCUGCAAUCUCUCUUCCUGGGGGACUCACGGUUGCGCUCCAGGGGAACUGUACUGGUCAAUGCUUUAGGUAGCAACACCUGCCUUAGAAAAGUGGACCUGAGUGGAAAUAACAUGGAUGACAUUGGAGCCAAGAUGCUUAGCAAAGCCCUGCAGAUCAACACAACACUCAGGAGUGUGACAUGGGAUCGCAACAACACCUCUGCUACAGGAUUUCUCGAUGUGGCGAGAGCUCUUGAACAUAAUUUUACCUUGCAGUACAUGCCUCUGCCCAUAAGUGACAUUAGCCAGGCAUAUCGCAGCGCUCCUGAGAAGACAGAGCAAGCCCUCACUAAGAUUCAGCGUGCUCUGGUCAGGAACAACCAAACACAGCGCUUCUCUCAGAGGCAGGCUCUGCGGCUGCACCAGGGCUUGGUCACUAGCACAGCCGAAAAGGUAAUGGAGCGCCUUUGUGUGCGGGUCCAGCAACAGGUGUGUUUGUUACGGAGCGUUGGAGAGAUGGAGGAGAUUCAAGCUGCGAAACUCGUCCUGAAAGAGGCCAGGAACUCUCGAGCUCUCUACCCUUCAUUGUGUGAGCUGGCUCAUGUGCUGUCUGUGGACGGGCCCGUGCGGCAGAGACUGGACUCCCUGGCUGGGGAGCUCGCCAAAGCUGCAGAUAAAGAGCUGCAGGUGAUAUUUGACUCCAUGGUGUCACUCUGCCGCGAGCUCUGUCCUUUAUCAUCUUCUGCAGCAGAGAGAUUAAGUCCUUCGCUCUCAUCUGUCUCAGAGCGAGUGUCCAUCCCUCGCUCUGCCAUCCGCACUGCCCUCAUGGAAAGAGCAGCACAGGAUAUUCACAGAGCUUUGGAAGAAGUAAAGCUGUCUGUGGUUUCCUAUCUCACCAACUCCAUUGUGGACCAAAUCCUGCAAGAGCUCUAUGCUACCCACAAGACCCUGACCAGGCAGGUGUCUCAUCUAAAAUGCUGGGAGGGAACAUGUGAAGAUGGGACUGCGUGGAGUUUUAACAGACACACAGACUCUUUGGAUAUCACAGAUGAAGAGCUCGGCGCCAGCAUUGACACGAUUGCCAUUAAGAAGCACAGCUCCAGAACGAGGAGAAUACGGCCCGUCUCUACUAGGCUGAGCUUAUGUGACGACUCUAGCUCCUCUCCCCCUCCCUCUGUGCCAUCGUACUGCUCACCACUGUCCCACUCUGCAUCCUGGGAGGGUUUGUCAGACCUGCCUACGCAGGGUCUGCCUCUCCAUCAUGUAACGCGAGUUCGUCCAAGGCCUCCUAGAAGACACAGGGGAGUACAUGUCCCCUCUGAGACACAUUGCAGCGAAAAUGGAGAAAUAAGCCCUUUGGAUGAUGGACUCCCAGAUUUUUAUACAAAACGAGUUCUACCAGACAGUCAGCUCUCCUCCCUGCACAAAGCACACUCGCUGAGGAGAAAGAAAAGGAGGAACAUGCUGACAAUCUUCGGUUUCCGUAAGAAGUCUGAAGCAGAGGUCUAUGGAGAUGGGUCUCACACUGUUGUUACUGCAUCCACAGGGACAGCAAUGGAGAAUGUAUACACACUUCUCCAGGCUCCCCGGCCAGCGGCAAGGUCUUCCAGUAAUGGGUCUGAUGGGAAGAUAAAUGAUCAACAAGGAAAAGGUGCUCUUAGUCUGCCACCAGAGCCCAGUAUCCCUCAGCCUGGCGUGGAUGGAGGAAAACACCCCUUAUACUCUCCUAGAGAGAUAUCUGAAAUGGACGCUGUGUUUGAACAGCACGUGGAGACGGACAAAUACUGGGUGGACGACAAACAGAGGACUGAGGUGCUGCAGGCAGAAGCGGACUUGCUGGUGGAGGGCCGGCCUGGCGAUCCACUCCCAGAGACGCAGUGCUUUGGUGACAGGCUACAAGACAUGAACCUUGGAGACCCAAGAACGUCCGACGGGCAGACCGACUGGUACUGGACUGAGAGUAGACAUAUGGAGAGGCAGUGGACUGUUGACAGACACACCCAACGGCAGAUCGACAGAAAAAUAGAGAGACAGUGGAUCGGUGGGAGGCAGAUUGAACGAUCGUGGUCCGAGAACAGGCCCAUGGAGGCCCAGAUUGACAAUCAGUGGAUGGGGAGAAGACACACAGGGAGGACGGUGGACAGACAAGCUCAGAACCUUCCUUUGGCACAAAAGCCGCUGCCUCCGUACCCAUCGGAGAGGACGCCAUUGCCCAAACAGGAGAGGGACCCUUCAAAAAGCACAGAGACAGCAUCGAUAGAGUGGCAUCCACUUGACUCUCAAGGAGACAGGGGAGGCUCCACAGAUGGGUGGAGGGGCAGUGGCAAGGCAGGGAGUGGUGUCUCUGCCAGUAGAAAACCAGACCCCCCACCACAAAGCAGUAAACCCAACGUGUCCCGCCUCCGGCCAAGACAGUGGCGGGAGAACUCAGUCACCCUGCCAGAGGAGGAAGGAGAUGAAGAGAGAGAUGCUGAGAAGAUGGAGCGGAGAGAGAAAAGACGAGACUCAGAGGGUCAGCCUCCUCACAUUCCUGAAAAGCCAAAGACCUCCUCCUAUGUGAGCUUUUCUAAAGAAUCGGCUAAUGACAGAAACUUACCUCCUCAUCCUGUGCUGCCUCCUGCCAACAGGCCCAUCCACGGGCUGCCAGACAGAGCAGCAAGUCAAGGGUACGAAGGACUGAGACCUCAAGCUCCUGUGAAACCACAGAGGAACAGAAAAGCAAUGUCUUGUGAUGCAGGCUCUGAGAGAGAAAGCCCCAAUAACAUUGAGAAGCCCCAAAAUCGCAAACCCCCUGUGAAAAAACCUAGACUACCUCAAAACAGAAAUAAGUCUGUGGAAUUGUCUGACAGCCUCAAUACAGCGUCAGGUCACAGCGAACUGGUGUGAUGGCUAAGAAGAGCGGUAUGUUGCCAUGACAAUGAUGGAGGACACAAGGUGCAGGCCCAAGAAGAAAAGACGACAAACAUCACAAAGCAUCAUCAUAAUCAGUUGCAAACCCCUCAGAUGGCUCCCUCUUUAUUCCAUAUCCUUGCUUGUUUUGUUUUCUUGCCCUCUCACAUGAAAACUUGCUCAUGUCCUUGUGUGGCUGCUGUCUUUUGAACAGUAUUUGCUAUGAUAGAGAAGCAAACAUUUCACUAAACGCCGGGCCUAGUGCUCCAACAUUGUGGCUUUUUAGACAGAAGAUGUGUGUAUGUAUUAGGAUGUGAUUUGUUGAAUUUGCAGUAUAUUUGAUCGCUGAUAGAGUUGACCGCCUUGAUUGACAUUUGAAACGUUAGUUGCUUCUUAUCAAAUGAAACUAAUGAUUUAUAUCUAGUUUUGGUUUCAGGAAAAGGUCAUAUAUUUUAUAGAUUAAAUAAAUUAUGUACGAGCACCCUCAUUGCACCAAUAAUACACAAAUAAAAAGGGUUACAUUCUU